AAUGUAGAAUGACAUGUACAAUUGUACAAUUUUCUAUUACCAAAAAUAAUGGUGUCGGUCUGUUGAAGAUAAAAAGAGUAUUAUAAGCUUUAGGAAUAUUAUUAAUACCUUAAUAUUAACUGUAGUUCGUAAAUAACUAAAUUACCAUUAUAUUAUCAGAUAAUACAUUCCUAAUUCUAAGCUUUCGCGAUACGUAUGUAGGUUUUGUGUUUUUAUUCGAUAUUUGUUGUUUAUUUUUACACAAAAAUGAAUCUGGAAGAUAAUGCAAUGGGUUUAACCACUGAACAAACUGACAAAAUACUGCAAUUUCAAGAUUUAACGGGUAUUGAGGAUAUGUCAAUAUGUAGAGAUGUAUUGCAAAGACAUCAGUGGGACUUGGAGGUAGCCAUACAAGAACAGCUAAAUAUUAGAGAAGGUAGACCUUCUGUGUUUGCAACUGAGGCACGGGCUCCACCAGUAGUCCAUGAUCACAUAGCACAACAAGUGUUUACCGAUGACUCACCAGAAGGUCCUGGUGGAGUUACAGGCCUCUUCCGCUAUGUAGUCAAUCUAGUUGUAUCUGUGUGUUAUAGUACAAUAUCCUCUGUAUUGAACUUAUUGUUAAGUUUCAUAAGGAAUGAUGAUAGAAGAUUGGUAACGGAUCCACUUGGUGAUGUCAUGGGCUUUAUCAACAGUUACACCACCAGAUACAACCCACAUCCUGUCUUCUACCAAGGCACAUAUGCUCAGGCUCUUAAUGAUGCCAAAAAUGAACUAAGGUUCCUUAUUGUAUACCUACAUUCAGAGUCAGCAGCAGAGACGCAAAACUUUUGCAGGAAUACACUGUCAGAUCCUGAUGUGAUCAGCUUUAUAAACACACAUGCCCUGUUUUGGGGCUGUUCUGUGGACACAUCAGAGGGAUGGAGAGUAGCUCAAUCUGUGGGUGGGCGACGCUACCCAUUGUUAUGUCUAGUCUGUGUUCGCGAUCACAGGAUGACAGUUGUCGCUAGAAGCGAAGGCUCCUGUUCACCACAGCAACUAAUUAAUAGAUUACAGAGAAUUGUAUCUGAGAAUGAACCUUAUUUAAACGCGGCAAGGGCUGAUAGAGUGGAACGCGAGGUGACAGCACGUUUGCGUGCUUCCCAAGACGAAGCAUAUGCGGAGUCUUUGGCCGCUGACCAAGAGAAAGAGAGACGUCGGGCCGCCGAGAGGGAAGCCAGGGCCCAGAGGGAACAGGACGACUUGAACAAGCGCCAACAGGAGGAGAGGAGGAAGCAGGAGGUGAUAGAAGCUCGUGAAACAAUGGCUGCUCAACUGCCCGAAGAGCCCAAAGCAGGUCCUGAAGCUAUAGCCCUGCUCAUAAGACUGCCCACCGGCGAGAGGCUAACUCGACGAUUCCUAUUCGCUCACACCACUCAGGAUCUAUACGACUUCGUGUUCAGUCAUCCACAAUCACCCGAAGAAUUUGAAAUAACAACAAAUUUUCCAAAGCGCGCCAUUUCUCGCGGUCCUUCAAAACUUAUUGACGUGGGCUUGAAAGAUCGUGACGUUCUAUUUGUUAACGAUGUCAAUGCAUAACCUACAGAUUUGUCUAUGCUACCAUAGAUAUUUUAAUUGUAAAUAAAUUCUUUUUCCUGCCUGUGUUAUUAUUUUUAAAAAUGCAUAUUUAAAUUUAGAAUCCAUCUAAAACAAUUUUAUUGGCGUUUAAAUUAUUCGUAGUUGUACCAUGGUCUAAACAAAAUAGAGAGGAGAGAGAGAAGAAUUUAUUUACUUUGAUGUGUUAAACGUAUACAUGCCCCCAUAAUGCUCUAAAAGUUUCGCGUACAUUGAUUUAUCUAAAUGUUAUAUUUUUAAGUUAAUAAAGUUACAUUGUUUGGAAAGUCAUUUUUAAUUUUUCUAGAAAUGGGUGAUUUUACAUUCAUUGGUGGUGACACUUACAUUGAAAUAAGUCUAUACAUAAUAUAUGUAAAUAUGAAUAACAAUGAUAUUAAGACUAGUAUUUUAAUUUUUACUGCAUAAUACUUUGGGUCUUAUUUUGAGAGCGAGAGAAUAAAUAAUAAUAUAGAAUUAAUUAUUAUUUUAUUCUUUCUUAUUAUCCGAAGGCUUAUCUUUUUAUAAAGAUUUGUUUUCCAAGUUCAGAGGGCUUAGUCAAAAGUUAUGUAGAAAUCUAAAACUAAAUUUGCAUGAUAAUAACAGUUUGCGUCGACAAAUUUAGUUUUGUUUCUACAUACAGUACUGUUAAGGCAUCUUGACUAAGGCACCAAGUCUAUUCGGAACAUUUGGUAAAGAAUGGAUGAUAAAAAAAUUUACAGCAUCAUCCAAUUUUCUAUUAAUUUCGAAUUCCACAACCUCAAAGAGGGCUUAAACUAGCUCUACAUUCAAAAAUAUUUAUUCUCUAUUGAAAAAUUUUGCUUAAGUCACGAUAUUUUUUGCAGAAAUUUUAAACUUUUCAGAUAUAGCGCCAUCUAUAUAUUUCAUUAUUUUCACUAUUUUCAUUAUUUAUGAAUCAAGAUUUUAAUUUUUAUCUAAUUUUAUAUAUAUCUAAAAAAGGAUAAAAGACAUUAAAUAAUGCUUAGAAACCUUACAUAUACAUAUGUGUAUGUCAAUCUACGUAAUCGGAGAUAUUGUAACAUGAUUUUCUACUUAACGCGUUUUUAGAGCUAAUUUAUUUUAAGGCUAAAAUUGUCUCCUGUGCCUUUAUAAAUUGAGGAUUCGGAAUCCAGGACAGGGAUUUUAAGUUUAUAUGUACCGGUAAAUAAGAACUACUAUCAGACUUUAGUUUUUUUUCUUUGAAAUAAAAAAACCUUUUUACUUAUAAAAUUUAAAAAUCGAACUGAUUUCGUUUUAAUUGUAUUUGACUGUUUGUCUUUGAAAAUUAAGAUUACGUUUAAAUUUUGAAUUUCGAAGCCGAACUUGUUUUAAAUUUUAAUUAAUGGUAGAAAACGUUAAAGAUAAGCAUAUAGCAUCGAUGUGUAGAUUGUCAAUUAAUUUCGUUAAAAUUCUUUAUAACCUGAAAAAAAUUAAAUGAUUUUCAAUAAGUUCCCUGUUAGUAUAUUUACUGUCAUUUGAAGGUAUCGAAUUGUAAAAUACGACGAAAUUAGUACAUCAAAAUAUAAUUCAAUGUAAAAAAAACUACAUUUGAAUAUUGUACAGUAGUUUGUAAGUAUAUAGUUGUACUUUAUUAACUGACCUAUCGAUUAAUUGUGUUUUCUUGUAACUUGCGGAAAAUAAAUGUAAGCAAUUUUGGGUUAAAAAAUUACGCAACUUGUAUAGUAAAGAUUAUAUCUUCACUUAUGUUUAGAGGCAACUGCGGCUUAAAAUUAUAUUUUGUUCGCCCGGAAACAAAGAACCCUUAAUAAGUGAUAGCUACUGCGGGUACCAUUGUUGGGUUGUAUUGGAAAGUUAUUAAAUAAAUUUCCGUCAUUUGGCAAUGUUUAAUUUGUUUUUAAAAGAACGGUUUUAUUUAGUGUAGGCUAGACUAUAGUAUAAACGGUAUUUUAAUAGGUUUGUUGAGACAAAUUUUGUCACUAAAUAUUUUCAUUAUUUUAUUUGUUUGUUAUGUUAAGAACCUGAGGCUGCGCAACUCGACAUAUCACUGAAAUUGCUAUACAGUGGCGAAGUCAGACCAGGGGGUCUAGUCAAGACGGCUUAACAGUACAGUAUUAUAUUUUUUACUUCUUCUAAUAACGGCCAGCGCUAUUGAAAAUGACAGCUACUGUCGACAGUUGGUACCAACUACUAGCUGUCAUUUUCAUACAAAUUUAGUUUUCGUCUUUCUACAUACACUACUGUUACGCUGUCUUGACUAUACCCCCAGUAAGACUAAUCUUUAAUACAAGUAGCGGCACGAAACUCUAGCGCUGGCCGUUAUUGCACAGAAGUAAAAAAUAAGGUACCUGAGGGGGGCUGGCGGAAUGAAGAGAGUCGAUUGGCUCUCCCGUCGCAUUCCGCCCCCGCUUCACGAAGACACAUCAUUUUAAUACAAAUUUAGUUUUCAACUUUCUACAUACACUACGGUUAAGCCGUUUUGACUAGACCCCCUGUACACAUGCGCAGCAAUCCCCUCCACAUAUCGGCCAGCGCUAGGCUUACGUGCCGCUGCCUAUACCUAUGUUGGAAUGUACUCUAUAUGACGUGUUUCGCCAUAUCGAUAACGCUAAUGACGCAAAAAUGGAAUUUAUUGUAGUCGAAAUAUGUGGCCUCAGGAAAAACUACUAAUCGUACUCAGAGUGGUUGCUUACAUUAUCUCUUAUGAGAAUGGUGCAACGAAACUGAAAAUAUUUUUAUUAUUAUCUGUUUUAAGGUCUCCUUUAGCCGCUGUUGGAUCUUUAGUUUACUUAGGCGCAAAUAUAGGGUUUAGAUGGCCUGUGGCUUGGAGCGCAUCAACAUUAUUAGCUUGACACCUAAGAAAAAUCAUAUUAGAUUAUCUCUUAUUUGACUCUGAGUUCGGUUAAUAGUGUAUAUUAAAUAUGUAUACGAUAUCGUUGCUUUAUCACAUAGUGUGAGGGAAUCAAAUCAGUUUGUUUUUAUAGUUCAUAUCACCUCGAUCCAUCAAUAUUUACACGAAUAAAAAGAUGUACUUAUUCAAAAGAAAUUCUACAAUACCAUAUUUUUCUAUAGAAAACGACUGAUUUGUUGCCACUAGAGUAUGCACAUGUGUUUUUAGGUGUAAAUUCUGUUUACAAUUUACUAUAUAUUCAUAUUUUAAUAUAAAUAUUUUAUCUAGUAAAUGUCAAAACAAUUCUAAAAUAUGCCAAAAAAAUAUUGCAAGCAUAGAUUAUUUAAAAAAUGUCUGGUCGGCCUGUACCUUAAAUAUCAAGUUUCUAUUAUUUAUUGUUAGAUUUAUCUAUAGUAACUAAAAUUUCCUAGUUUCUGGUGUGUAUUUUAAAAAUGUCUACGCGUUACAUCAUUCAUCAUCGUAUGGAAUCCAUUCAAUGUAAUUAUUCAUAGGUGAAUGGGACAACUAUUAUAUAUGAUAUAUUAAAUUGUAGAACAGAAUUAGCACGUUGCUUUUGCAUUUCCUUGCUUUAUAGUUUUGAAUGAAUCAGGAUUCUUGUGUGGUAUACGGUAGUAGGUACCUAUGGUGCUGAGAACUACAAGCAUUUAAUUGUAACUUUUUUUUAAUAAAACGUUCCUUUGA